UUAUUAAUCGUUCGUACAUUUGAUGGCAGGCGUGAAACGCCUUUGAUGCCGUUGAUUUAAGCCUCGCACGGCUGGUAAAAAUUUGGUGGGACCCAUCUGAUGGAUAGGUCAGCGUGUCUGUCAGGGGUUGGCGGAAUCGAAGGCAAUGCGGCAAAGGAAGAGAAAAAAUGACGAGGGAAGAAAAAGGGUAGCGGGUGGAGUGGGGAUGACUUGGAAUCCCAGAUUAGAAGCAAAGCAGGAAGUUUAAAAGAUCACGAAAUCCGCGAGAGAGAGACCGAGCGAGCGAGGGAGGGAAGGAGAGCGAUAAAGGCGGGAGGCUAGUGAAGGCAAGGGUCUACGGGCUGAUCUGGUCUGAUCGACCUCCGACGACCUUGCCCAGAUCGCCGGCCGACUCGGCAGAGAAGCCAUCCAGUCAGACCUCAGAAAAGGAGAGACCUAAUGGGUGUGCGAGGACAACUUUUAGCUGUUCUAGUAUUAUUGACCAGCUGUUUGGAUGGCAACGCUAGAAGUUUGGUAACUUUUGAAGACAUUGUGCCACAGUUCAACUAUCUGAACCUUGAGAUCAUAGCUUCUGAAGAUGUUCAGAAUGAAAAAGUGUGUACAUUGUGUGAACAAUUUGCAUCUCAGGCAGUAUAUUAUCUCGGUGAUAACCAGACUCAGACGGAGAUAGUCAGCAAGUUGCAUGCAGCAUGUACACAGUUGCAUUCCUUCAGUCAUCAGUGUGUCGCACUGGUGGACUAUUAUGCACCUCUCUUUUUCAUGGAAGUUGCUAUGGUAAAUCCUGAAGAGUUCUGUGCAAAAGUGAAUCUGUGUGAGAGAGACUUUUUGGUUUCUCAACAGAAGCAAGAUGGCUGCGAGAUCUGCCACAAAGCUGUAGCUGAAAUUCUUCUCAAGCUGAAAGACCCUGACACUCAGUUGGAAGUAAUUGAAAUACUUCUCAAGGGAUGUGAGAAGGUGGAGGGCCACGUGAAAGAGUGCAAGAGGUUGGUUCUUGAAUAUGGUCCACUGUUGAUGACAAAUGCUGAGAAGUUUCUGGAGACCAGAGAUGUAUGUAGAACCAUUCGUGCAUGUAAGGCACCUGGAUCUGUGUUUACCAAUCUCCCCUCCAUAAUCAAGAGUGCGUUGACUGCUGGAGCUCUUAAUGAAGUAAUGUGAAGGGAUAAAGCAGUGGUAAAAACUUGUAUGUCGGUUGCAAGAACUGUCUUCCGUGGACGCUCCUUUAACGAUUGCUGCAUUGCCUUGUCUUAGUACUGUAAAUUUUACUUAGAACUGGUAUAUUGGAACCAUAGGAUACACAGCGGCUUAUUGUCCUCAAAUGUUUAUUUCUUAGACGUGUAAGUACAUAUUUUAUGCUGUGGAACUGUGUCAAAAGAAAAUAAAAAAGAACGAAGUUUGUGCUGAA